GAAUUUGCUGCCCGUCCGAUUCCAAAGCAAGCCGAGGAGCUGACUGGUGCAGCGCUGGUGGAUUAUGUGAACAAACAACAGCAAUUUUUCAAGGCCGAAUAUUCGCCAGGAGUUGCAGAAAAACGCAUGGAAAAUUUGAUGCAAAUGGAUUAUGUCGAAAAAGAUCGAAAACUGUUGGCAGUGAAGAUGCCAGAAAAGCUCAUGAUGAAUGGCAACGACACGCUCCCUGAAAAGUAA